AUGGUCACAAACUCCACCCACAGCACCCAGCUCGCGGACAUCUUCUUCCGCGCCGACAAGGUGCUCAGCGAGGCGGACCUCGCGCGCACAAACGAGCUGCGGCGCACCUACCGGCAGUGGCGCAGCGGCUCGUCGGUCGAGCCGCACGCAGACCCGCUGCAGGCCAAGCUGAGCGCGAGCACGGAGGAGACGCGGUCGCGCGCCAAGAUGCGGCGCGUAAAGACGUACGGCCAGCUCGGCUCAGCCUCGGGCUCGGAUACCUCCUCCACAUCGCCUCCGCCGUCAGAGGCGCGCGCAGACACGCCUCGCUCAGGGCUUUGGCGCGGCCGCGUCCCCGCGAGCGGGAUGCUCGUCUCGGUCUUUCCGUCCUCGAACGAGUCGUGGCUCUACGUGCUCAUGAACGGCGAGUUUGGAGUGCCGUUUGAGAUUGGGGUGAGCGACAAGGGGGUCAUCUACGGCAAGCUGCAGUUCCGGCAAAAGAUGCAGCAGUGGGUCCUGCUGCGGGUUGAGCCGCGCGAGUGGCAGUCGCUGCAGCUCGAGGGUGAUGCUCGACGCGCAGCUGCCCAUCCGAGAGGCGGCGGUGCAGCGCGACGUCAAGGCGAUCGGCGCGCGGCCGUCGCGCAAAGAGGCGGCGCCCAAGGCGGCGCGCAAGAGGCCUCAAAAGGGCGCGGCCGCCGCCCCGGCCGCCGCCCCCGCCGCCGCCCCCGCCGCCGAGGCGGGCGGCGGCGGCGGCGGCGGCGGGCGCAGCAGCUCGAAAAAGCCAAAGAUCGAUCCGGGGACGGCGCAGUGGGCGAGCCAGCGCCCCCCCGCGGGCGCAGCGACGGUCGCCGCCGGGCAGGGGGUGCUUCCCACGGGGCCGUCGAGCUCGGCCGACGGCGCAGGGGGCGCCGCCACGCUGGGCGCGGGCGACGCGGCGAUGCGGCAGCUGCUGCAGUCGGUGCUGCGGCCGCAGGCUAACGGGAUGCCCCCGUCUCGCUCGACGAUUGAGCUGCUGCAGUACCUCGAGGGCGCGGCCCAGAGGACGAUGCAGGGGCAGGGGCAGGGGGAGGGUGGCGAGGGCGGGCCGGUGAUGCCCGCCGUCCCCUCCUCCAACUCGUUCGCCUCGCUGAUGAGCUUGCUCAAGAGCUCAAACUCGCUGCAGCACCUCGCCGAGCAAGCAGAGGCGGGCGGCGCGCCGGCGCCGGGCACGUCCGAGCUCAACCUUGCGGCGCUCUGGUCGGCGGCAUCGAGCAGCGACAUGGGAGCGUCGGGGAGCAUGCCGCCGCCGUCGGUGCUUCCGUGGUCGGGGGGACGGCGGAACUCGUGGGGCAGCCUCACCGGCGCGCCGUCGACGGACGAUUUGGCAGAGCUGACGGCGCUGGCAAACGGGCUCAAGGAGUCGCCGUCGGUGACGUCGCUGAUGGAACUGGUGCGGUCGAGCUCGGCGGCGUCGCUGCUCGACCUCGUCGGCCAGCCCAACGGCAGCGCGACCAACAUCGCCGGCCUCGAGUGAGCCGCCGCCCGCCGCCCGCGGCCGGCCCUCUGUGACUCUACUGCCGACUCCCAUGCCGCGAUCCCAUGCCGCGUCGUGCCCAUGCCCACGUCCAAGUCCUCGCCCGCGCCGUCCGCGUCCGCUCCCGCGCCACUCCCCUGAGGAGUCGCCAGCACAGCCGCCGCCGGCGCACCGCCGCCGGCUGGCUGUGGACACCGAGCCCCCGCCCAUGUCGUGAGAGAAGCUCUGAGGCGGGGGCGAGUGCGCUAUUGUGUGUGCGCCCGAGCCCGGCAACAGCGAGCGCCGCGCCCAGCGCGGCGCUGCGGCCUGGCUGCCGGGCGUGGGCGGGUGUGUCUACUGCUGGGGGGCGGGCGGGUCUCGGAGCCCCAUCGCGGCGCCCGUCUGCGCGGCCGCGGUUCGGCUCUGAGUGACGCGGCGCCGCCCGUCCCCACUGUGACAGCUUUCUUCUCGUCUUGGGUCCGUACCUUCGUUGUUGAGUUAUGUGUUUGCGCCG